CGGGAAGAAACCGUCCCCCUUUUAAAUGUUUGAACUCGGGGCGCGAGGACAGAGGUGGACUGCGCCUGCGCGUCCUUGGCUUUGCCUCAGUCACCCCAGAAACUGCUUUUUUCACAGCCUCCUUUAUUUGGGCGGCUUUGUUUUGGGAUUUGGGUCUGAGGCAGGGAAAGUGCGUGGAGGAAUUUUGGGGCGAGAGGCAGCCAGAGCAGGGCUUGGUACCCUCGUAGAGACCUGAGGACGUUGGGGGGGGUCGACUUCUGAGAGAAAAGGGGUGCUUUAGGUCCCCCCUCAAAAUGCCAGGGGUGCUUUUGACCCCUUCCGAACACAAAAAGCAGCUUUUUUGUUUUAAUGACAAUGAGAAGAAGAAAUUAACCAACCUGCUUAUCCCAUCAAGAGAAGGAGAGAGGGAUGAUUAACUCUCUGUUUAAGAAGCCACUCAUUGACACAAAGGGAUGUGGGUGGGUUGCGCUAGAAUAAUUUGCUAAGCCCUCCUGAAAAUAAAAAGGGACGCACAAAAAGGAAGGAAGGAAGGAAAAAGAAAGAAAGAAAGAAGCCUGAGGGAAAGGAUACUUCAUUUUCUACUCUGGUCACAUCCCCAAAGGAAGAGGGGCCCUGGACAGAAGUUUGGAUGGUAAUAUCCAGAAGAUAAAGCAAGAGUUAAAGCGGAGAGCCAUUGCUCACACAUCCCACACAAGAAGUACGCUGACCCCCAUAUCAAGAGGGGAAUAAAAACUGUGACCCGUUUAUUAGAAUAGGACGUAGUUUUCUGUGACGAGAGGGCGAGCACAGAUUAUGGGUCCCAUGACAUGAAGAUGCAACUGUGGUCCUUUUAUAAGAGUGGAGUUCAUAGGGAAAAGUUUGGCCACGGACACACAUGACCAAGAAUAGCACAAAACAGGAGGUGCUUUGACUCCUGAUGAAAGAGAGCCACAGAUACAGAUGGAUAGGCCAUUUGACCCAACCCAUGCCAAGAGGGAGAGAGCUGUAAAAAAACCCAUGAUAACUGGGACUAAUAUGACUGCAUUGAGAAGCAAAGGAUAAUAAAGAGGGAAUCUGGCCACAAGAGAAGCCCAGCAUUAAAAGAGGGCCUAAGUGGAUAUACGAUACUCCCUGGAGACAGUGGUGUUUCAUCAUGGAGAAUGACCACACCACCAUGCUGUUUUUGAUUAUGGGAGGUGGCACCUUGUUGCUGGCAACUGAGGUCAGGGCAGUGACUCGCAACCUUGUGAGCCAUCUGGAGCUGCAGGUCUUCCUGCUGGAGAUGUUGGCCACUUUCCAGUUGUGUGCUUGCUUUGGUAUGCUGCAUCCUUUGGCUCAGAUGGAGAACCAUGCCCAGCUCUAUCUUGGCCACCUUUAUUCUUUCCUCACUAUGCAUUUCCUCUUGACCUUAAGUGAGAGCGUAAGCAAUCCCACCUGCAUCCUGCUAGACAUCUUGCAGAAGGGCAUCUCAAUGAAGGAAGGCGGGCUGAAGAUUGUGGCCCAGUUCAUUGGGGCCUUUCUAGCCAAACUGUACCAAAAUGCUGUCUGGUUUGUAGGGAUCAGCAAUUUAUUCCCUCAUCCCCAGGAAUGUAGCAAUCCUCUCAAGACAUAUUUUUUAAAGGCCCUUUGCACAGAGCUUGUAACCUCCAUCACAUUCCAGUUUACUGUGCUGGAGUCGCAAUCGCAAGAGAUCCGUGUCAGAGCUAAUGUGCUUUCCCUCGCCAUCACCUCGCUGGUGUAUGCAGGAGGACAUCUCACAGGAGCCAUAUUUAACCCAGCUCUGGCUUUUUCUUUGCACAUAAGUUGUUUCGCUGAGCCUGAUAAAUUUUGGAAUUAUUUAUUGGUAUACUGGGUUGCACCGUGCAUAGGGUCCGUGUUGGUGUUUUUGGUGUGGGAUGAAAUCCUUCCUUUGCUACACAGACAACGGUAAAAUGGUAAAGCAAGGUGAUGUUCAAAAGAUUCUGUUAAAAAUGGAUGUGAAGAGACUGGACAUUAGAAUCACUUUGGCAACUUUCACGUGAUUCUUUGGGGAGUACAGGACUCUACAACACAGUAUUUAUCUGACUUGUCAAAAGCAGAGCCAUGCAUUUCAAAACUGGAAGAAUUUGUUAACGUAAUGUUUUUUUGUAAAAAAAAUGUCUUCUGCAUCAAAAUAGUUAUAAGAAAAAUAGAGAACACUUCUGGUAA